CAGACUUUUAGGAGACCAGCAGACCACCGCUAUCUAUCAAGCCUAGCCCACAUACAAUGUCCAAAAUGGGCAGGAUUGUCUUUUACGAGGAUAAGAACUUCCAGGGCCGUCGUUAUGAGUGUGACAGUGACUGCACCGACUUCCAUUCCUACCUGAGCCGCUGUAACUCCAUCCGUGUGGAGAGUGGAGCCUGGGUGGUGUACGAGAGGCCCAACUACAUGGGCUACCAGUAUGUUCUGACCAGGGGAGAGUACCCUGAAUACCUGCGCUGGAUGGGCCUCAACGACCGCCUCAGCUCCUGCAAGAUGAUCCACUUUACCUGUGGGACCCAGUACAAGAUGCAGCUGUAUGAGAAGGACGACUUUGCGGGCCAGGCCUUCGAGGCCGCCGAGGACUGCCCCUCAGUCCUGGAGAAGUACCGUUGGAGGGAGGUGUACUCCUGCAAGGUCCUGGAUGGCUGGUGGGUCUUCUACGAGCACCCCAACUACCGCGGACGCCAGUACUUCCUGGAGAAGGGAGAGUACAGGAAGCCUGGUGACUGGGGUGCAGUCAGCCCCACUGUCCAGUCCUUCAGACGCUUCACUGAGUGAUCCUCCUGACCCCAACAACAACAACCUCAACACCAACCUCAACCUCAUCUAUUAUCAUACAU